AUGGAGUCUCUCCAAAUGCAGGAGGCUUUUUGGAAAGAUAGAGCUCGUGUUAAGUGGUUAACUAAAGGGGAUAGAAAUUCUUCUUUCUUUCAUGCCUAUGCUCGUAUUAAAUCAUCCAGCUCUCAUAUCAGUUGUAUUCUUGAUGGAAACAAUCUUCUUACUGACCCGCUGGCAAUUGAGAACCAUAUUGUUAAUUUCUAUCAGACUUUGUUCGGCUCUUCUUUCACCCCUUCAGGUAUUGAUGUGGUUUGUGAAGUCAUCCAGCCGAUGGUCACAGACUCUGAAAAUGAUCUCUUAUCUGCCUUACCUACUGAUGAGGAAAUUAAGGAGGCAGUUUUCUCCUUAAGUGCUUCCAGUGCGCCAGGGCCAGAUGGUUUUCCAGGUUUUUUCUAUCACCAUUGUUGGGAUAUUGUCAGCUUUGACGUUAUUCAAUUUGUGAAGCAAUUCUUUCAAUCAAAUUGGUUAUACCCCAAUGCCAAUAGUAAUUUCUUAGUUUUGAUUCCGAAGGUGGAAGACGCUAUUUCCAUGACUCAUUUUAGACCUAUUGCUUUGGCAAACUUUCUCUUUAAGAUUAUUCCCAAAAUUUUGGCAGUUCGUCUUUCUCAUGUUGUUCAACGCAUUAUUUCCCCGCAUCAAGCUGCUUUUAUACCUGGCCGUCGUAUCACAGAUUGUAUUGGCCUUGUUUCAGAAUGUUUCAAUGUGCUUGACAAAAAAACUCGUGGUGGCAAUAUGGGAGUCAAAAUUGAUAUAGCUAAGGCUUUUGAUACUCUAGAUUGGUCAUUUCUUUUGCGGGUGCUUACUAACUUUGGGUUCUCCACUUGUUUUAUAGACUGGGUUUCUACCAUCUUAAGAUCUGCUAAAUUGUCCAUCCUAAUCAAUGGUUCCCCGCAUGGUUUUUUCUCUUGUUCCCGAGGAGUGCGCCAAGGGGAUCCUCUCUCUCCGUUACUUUUCUGUCUAGCUGAGGAGGCGUUAUCAAGGGGCCUGAGUCGUCUUCAACUUGAUGGGCUUACUAAGCCAACUUUUGCUCCAAAAGGUUGUAUCUCUCCUUCUCACGUUCUCUAUGCAGAUGACUUAUUCAUUUUCUGUAGAAGUGAUGGUGUCACUCUGCGUAAUUUGCAAGGUUUCUUCGAUAGAUAUUGUAGAGCCUCUGGUCAAUUUAUCAAUAAGGCAAAAAGUACUUUCUACUUGGGCUCUACCUCAAGGCAUCGCAAAGCUGUGGUUGAGAGUUACUUGGGUUUCAAAGAAGGCAAAGCACCUUUUGUCUACUUAGGAGUUCCAAUCUUCUGUGGCAAGCCUAAAAGGAGUUAUCUUCAAGCCUUGGCAGAUAAAGCUAAAGCUAAGUUAACUGGUUGGAAGGGGAAGCUUUUAUCUAUGGCAGGAAGAGUUCAACUCACUCAAUCAGUUUUUCAAAGUAUGCUCUUGCAUAGCUUCUCUGUUUAUAAGUGGCCUUCUUCCUUGCUAAGGCCUCUUUCAAGAUGUGCUCGCAAUUUUAUAUGGUCUGGUGACGUAACCUCCAAGAAGUCUGUUACCGUUUCUUGGCGUCAGAUAUGUGCUCCAAAGAAUGAAGGUGGUUUGGGGUUGCGUGAUCUUGGCUCUCUUAACACUACUGCUCUCUUAAAGCUUGGAUGGCUUAUUAUUACUACUGAUUCCCCUUGGAGUAUUUAUCUUCGGGAACGUUUCAAGCUUCAUGGUCGCCUAUAUUCUUGUAGUUAUAAGCGAUCUUCUAUAUGGCCUGGUAUUAAAUCCAUUCUUCAUAUCUUGUUUCAGAAUUGUCGUUGGGUGAUUGGAAAAUGGUUCUACUACUUCCCUUUGGGUUGA